AUGGAGCCUCGUACCCACGAGGCACCCCCAGCCCGGGUGGGUGCGGGGAGGCGGCGGGCGGCGGGGCCCGCCCCCCGGAACCUUCCAGCUGGGGGGACCUGCAGCGACCGGAGACCCGGAGAGGGCCGGCAGGACCCGUCCGGAGGUCUGGCCCUUGGACUCCUGCUCCUGAGCCGGCCCGCCGCAGGCAGCUGCCCCAGUUACCAAGACCUGCUUCGGCAGCUGCAGAUCCAGGCAGUGCUGCUGCAGGACCACAGCAGGCUGUUGGACCCCUACAUGCACUUUCAAGGCUUGCACAAGUCCAUCCUGAGGGAUCACUGCUGGGAGCAGCCCGGAGCCUUCCCCAGCGAGGACGACCUGCGGGCGCUCAGCCGGCCAGCCUUCCUGCGCACUGUCCAGGACAGGCUGCACAGAAUCACCUCCUUCCUGAAGACCUUCCCUAAGGAUCUCCCAGAAACGCAGCCCAUGACCACAGCCUUGAGGUACAUCCAAGGCUUCCAGAACAAUGUCCACUGCAUGGCCCAGCUGCUGCCCGAUGCCUCGCCGGCCAGACCCCCCCAGGAGGGCCCGGGGGCCUUGCCCACCCCCUCCUCCAACUCUCUUCAGCGCAAGCUGGAUGGCUGCCGGCUCCUGAGAGGUCACCACCGCUUUAUCCACUCAGUCGGGCGGGUGCUUGGGGAGUGGGGGGCGCACCCCAGCCGGAGCCGGAGACACAGCGCCCCCCUGGACCUCUGGAAGCAAGCCUGGAGGAUGAAAGCCUCCAGGCGGGGCAAGAAACUUGUGUCCAGGGCCCGGUAG